UCAUAUUCCAAUUACUUUCACUUUAAAAUUUGAAGAAUAAUACCAACGAAUUUUCUCUGUGAUGAAAAAUUAUGAAAUUUAUAUUUUCAAUAAAUUUAUCAAAAAAUUCACUUACAAUAAUAGUAAUGUACGAAUAAUAACAAAAACAAAAAACAAAACUAGACGAUUGUGGACACUCCCUCCCUAUUUUCAGAUUUAAGGUUAUGUAAAAAUGUUGUAGAAUAUUUGAAUUUAAUUUUAAUUUAUUUGAAAAAAAUGACUGACUUAACCCCUGUAGAGUAUUUUUUUUGCGGUGGUUUUGGCGGCAUAUGCACAGUAUUAGUCGGACACCCAUUAGAUACCAUAAAGAUACGCCUACAAACAAUGCCAGUACCUGUACCAGGAACGUUACCAAAAUACACCAGCACAUUAGACUGUUUCAACCAAACUUUAAGGAAUGAAGGGUUCAAAGGGUUUUACAAAGGUAUGGGAGCUCCACUGGUAGGGGUGGCUCCUAUAUUUGCUCUAUCAUUUCUGGGUUAUGGAAUAGGAAAGCAAAUUUUUAGCCCAAAAGAAGGACGACACUCUGCACUUCAAUUCUUCACGGCUGGAGCGUUUUCUGGGCUGUCCACAACCCUUAUAGUAGCCCCAGGUGAAAGAAUUAAAUGCCUGUUACAAGUUCAAGAGGGCCACAGAACGGCGAAGGUCUAUGAUGGGCCAGCUGAUGUGGUCAAACAGCUCUAUCGCCAAGGGGGCCUUACCAGUAUAUACAGAGGUAUAGGAGCUACAUUAUUAAGAGAUGUCCCAGCUUGCGGUUUUUACUUCCUGACUUACGAAGUUAUUACCGGUUACCUGACAAAAAAUGGAAGAGAACGAAUUAGCAUUUUAGGUACUGUUUUAGCAGGUGGAACAGCAGGAAUUGUCCAUUGGCUAGUUGGAAUGCCUCCGGAUGUACUAAAGAGUCGGUUACAAACAGCUCCUGACGGUAGAUAUCCCAGAGGUAUAAGAGACGUAUUCAAAGAACUAAUAAAAACAGAAGGUCCUUUGGCGUUAUACAAAGGAGUAACUCCAGUUUUGCUAAGGGCAUUCCCAGCCAACGCCGCAUGUUUCCUAGGAUUUGAAUUAUGUAAAAAUUGCAUCAGAUACCUACACGUACAUUUCAUUAAACUAUCUUCCAAUCCCAACGACUAAAAUCCUUAAAAUAGGUUUCUUUUAUAACAUUAACGCGAAUCUCUGUUUGUUUACAUUCCUUGAAAAAGAAAUUCAAAACAAAAUAUUGACCAAAGUUACCGUAUUAAUUAUUUAAUAAUUGAUGUUAUAAAUAAAAAAAAAGACAAUAUGUUUGUACAGUAAGUGUAGUUUUAUUAAAUUAUUUGCAAUUGUUUUAAAUAAAGAAGUAUUUGUUAUUAGAAUUUUGUUUCAAUAAUGCUGAGACGUAAAAUACAAGAAGAUAUAUUUCCAAAAGGGUAGAUUAUUUCCUUGGCAUCUUAAGGCGAAGGUAAUAAAAAAACUAUAGUAUUGCAGUUGCCAUUUUUAUUUAAUAUUUACAAAUUCCGUGCUAGCUAAGUCUUAACUUAAACAGCACUACUAAAUUAAAAACAGACAAAUUUUAUAUACAAAUAAAUAAAAGGAAAUUGAUACUUUUUUUUCUUCUCUAAAUAAGGAGUACAUUAUGUAAAAAUUUGGAUUGCUUUAUUUCCAUGAUCUAGGAUAUCAACACAUUUGUUAUAUGUAAACGAAAUUUUUAUUUAUGUAUUUUUUCUCUUACGUUUACCAAUACAUACGGUUUGUGUUCUUAGAUUAAGGGGUAUCCAAAAAGUUUAUUUUAACAUGAGAAAUUACAGAAACAGGGUAUAGAAUAUUAACAACGUAAACUAGUAUUGCAGAAUGAAUUCUUUUGUCAAUAUAGAAAAAAAUGAAAUUUACUUAUUCAACCACGAAAUACGGCUGAAUUAAUAAGCUUCAUGUUUUGUUAGGUCCAUAGAUAGUACAUCGAAAUGGAUACAACUGUUCCAUCAAUUUGUGGAGUUUAGAGCUAGGAAAAUAGCUCCAAAUAACGAAAAUUAUAUUGAGUAGAGGGGAUAUUAAUUACUAUUCUUCUACAAGCCCACUCUUUACAAUUAUACAACAAGAAACAAUUAUUUUUUUUAAACUGUGUUUA